AUGCAACAAAUACUUCCAAGGAAGCUUUUAUACACAGAGGCAGUCAGCUUUUCUUGUACUCAGAAAUCGAAAGAAAAUGUGAAAGCAUACAUAUUGGAGAGUACAGAUACUAUGGCAUAUGUACUCGCGCAUGGAGAAUAUCCACUACGACAGCAAAAUACAGUUCGAACUCCGCAUGUGCAACGCAUGGCUCCAAGAGCAGGAGAUACGAUGUGUCAUCAAAUUCUGCUCAAAUAUUCCGAAAGCCUAGUGCAGAAUCCAACAUAUCGACGUUAUAUCACGUCCUCAUUCCUCUAUACGUGA